AUGCAAAUAACUGGCUUAUAUAAAGGACGGGCAAUUAUUAUAAAAGACUCUUACAGUGUUAUAAAUAAGAAGCUUAAACUAUUUCCUGCUAUGUUUAACUUACAAACAGGACCGAAAGAAGUAUUUCCAUAUAACUACUACAGCAGUGUUUUGUUAGCAAAUGACAACAGAACUGGUGUCAUUUCUGAAGCAUGUAAGUUUAUCCAUGAUGCAGAUACAUUUAUGAAGAACAUAGAUUCCAUCAAAGGUUGCAGAAUAGAUGAGAACCACUUCGACUUAGAAAAAUAUAGCACGUUUUACUGCAAACAAGAUGUAAGAAUUUUAAGAGAAGGUUUUGUAAAGUUCCGCAAUGACUUAUUGAAAGAGUUUGAUUUAAACGUUUAUGACUACGUUAGUAUUUGUUCUAUUGCUAACAAAUUGUUUGAGAACAGAGUAUACUUCCCGAAUGGAAAUCUUUAUGACCUCUCAAAUAAACCAAGAGAAUUUAUUUCGAGAUGCAUUCAAGGUGGAAGAUGUAUGUUGUCAGAUAACAUGAAACAAAAGAGCAAAAAGAAACUCAUUGCUGACUUCGACACUGUUUCAUUAUAUCCUUCAGCUAUAGCAAGACUUUAUACUUUAGAAGGUAUUCCAAAAGUAUUGAAGGAUGAGAUGCUAAGCACAGAGUAUCUCAUGAGACAUUUAUUCGAUGAUGACCAAAAGGAACCCAUUGGUGAAAAGUUUAUGUCUGGCUUCUUUGUUCUCAUUAAGAUAACAGAGAUUGGUAUACCCAGACACUUUCAUUUAAUAGUUUGCGACCCUGAACUAAAUCCAGAACUUAACGUUCCAAGAAGUUCAAACACUUGCUGUCUCAUGUAUGUUGACCAUAUAACAUUACAAGACCUCAUAAAAUAUCAAGGUGUCAAAUGUGAAGUGUUGCAAGGAUACUAUUACGAUGGAAACAGAGAUAUGAGAAUAAGAGAUGAAGUAAAGAAGUU